UUCCUGUAGGUUCCUGUCUUUCACGUCGUUGAAUUGAUGCAACGAGGAUCUCCUUAACGAAGAAAUGGGUUUUCUAAAUAUUUGGUACUCGCAUCCGCGAAAGUAUGGUCAAGGAUCUAGAUCCUGUCGAGCUUGCGCUAAUAGGCAUGGAUUGAUCCGCAAAUAUGGUUUAAAUAUUUGCAGACAGUGCUUCAGAGAAUAUGCAGCUGACAUCGGUUUCAAAAAGCUGGAUUAAUGGAAAAAUAACAUAGCAUCCAGAAUUUCCUGAAGAACUACAUGCUGAUUUUACAUACAACAAGAGAAAACACUCGUGGUAUCCUAAAAAAAACUUCAAAUUUUCUGUUACGCAUGUAUCAAGUACAUAAACUGUUAAAUGACUAACUUGUAAUAUAUUUAAUCCAUGAAUAAAAAAGAAGUACAAUUUUAUUUAUA